AUACACAUACAUACAUGCGGCCUGCCGGUCCAGUCACUUCUUUGACAACAUCACCAUAUCCUUUCGCCAUUGGAGUGCCCCAUAUAGUGCAAAGCAUGUGCAGGGCAUCGAUUUCGACCUGAGCGGCCGUACCUUCCGCAUUGCCACCGGCGCCACUCGAGAAGCUUGGUUCAUCGUCAUGCACCCGAGCCAGAGGGCUGCUGGCGCCAACAACCCCCGUCGACGACACGAUACAACACAUACAAGGACCGCCCUCGUGCAAGGCCGUGCCCUGAUGCUCGCAUCGUACAUCAAAGACAUCUUCCUGGAAGGCGAGCUCCUUGGUGAAGGUGUUGAGCCGAGAUGGGCCCUCGGAGGCAAGGAGACGCAGAUGAUUGCUUUUGACAAAUGGGUCAUAUUCCAGACACUAUUUAUGGACGGCUGGGCGGGGUUUCUCGAAAGGUUCUCUGUACAAGACGACGCUUUCUGGACCGAUCAUCAGCCCGCCUUCCACGCGUACGACUAUGGCGCCAACAUCAACAUAGAAGUCAACGAGGGCAUAGCGAACCUCGAAGAAGAAACCGUCAUCAGGCCAGCCUAUCUUGACGGUCUGGACGACGGGGACGACGAAUCCGGUGACGGUUAUGAAGAAGAAAACAGUAGUCUGCUGGCGACACAGCAAGGAUGGGGGCAGGUUGGAGGAGAGGAGCAAGAGGGGGAGGUUGAUGAGCUAUACAGUCGACCCACCGUCGAAGCGGAGGAUAAUAAUGAUGGCCUGUUCGUGUCGGACAGGACAGACGAUGUUGCCUCUCAAAUACCACUCAACCUCGGCCCAGGGUAUACCGAUGCGGACUAUCAAGAUCUUGACGACGAAGCCGACGCCAACGGGCAUGAUGAUGAUGAUGACAACGACAACAACAACGGUGAUGACGAUGAGCGGGAGCGGAGGUUCCUCGAAUGGAUGAACGAAUCUGAAAACGCAGACGUAGGUCAACAUAACGGGACUCAGCUAGGAGAUCAGGAGCACCAAGAUGAUGGGCAAGCCAACUCCCAGCAGCAGCCCCUGAGCCCAGAUACUGGCGGCAGUGACGACGUCCAUUCAAGGCAAGCACCAGACGUCUCGCCAUCCAGUCUACCUCCUUCAUCAGCAUCGGCACCAGCAACAGAGGACCAGAGAGAACAUGAUGCGUUGUACAGUCCUGGUCUGAUGCGGUUGCGUGAGGCCCUUGAGGCGAAAUACAACCUCGAUAACAUCAGCCACGUCUCCUAUGCCCUGGCUGUUGACGUUCACUGUACCGCAGCAAAUGUGUAUCCCGGCACGGAAGGAAGGGCAGGCCCUCCUGUAUGCUUGCUUGCCGACCGCAACCGGGUGGCCGGGGAGUUUUACGGGAGCAACUACACCUUUUACCCACUCGGCUUCCACCCUGCAUACGGCAACUUCACAUCGGAUCGUCCACCUGCCUUCCUGGACAGUGACCUGUUUACUGUCAUGAAGGAGAACAUGAGUCACCAGAACCAGGGUGCCGAUGUGCUCUCGUUCGGUUUCUUCCAGGGCUAUUCCAACCUGAAACGGUCUAUCCGUCAUGGGCCUCACGACCUGCUAGCCAGUCACGGUCUCGCCACGGCUGCACUUACCAUUCCCUCGACGGAGGCUCAGCGCACGGCGCGGCUCAAGGACAAGCAGCAGCGGCUACUGGCCCAGGUGCGAGGUCGACUCACACCUGACAACCCCGGCGCAUCGACACCUUUUGCGCGAGAGCGACAGAGGGUCGAAGCAGCCAUGCAAGCGAAUAAGUUUGCGUUCCGAUUCGAGCAGGUCAUUUCCAUCGAUGCUCCACGACUCGUGCGCCGUCGUCGAAACUUUAGUAGCGUACUACAACCCAUUUUUCAGCUCAUGCGGCUCUUCCUCAAGGAGAAACAGCUCUAUGCAGGCAUCCUUCGGCGUUUCUCUCCUGAUAUCUUUCCAGGAGUCAUGGUGGCUUUUGCCAAGGUUAUGGAAGCAGCCAUAGCAGAGAUGGAUCGCCGGUUUCGUGAGGCAGGAUCGAAAGGACUAGGCAUGGCUCUCUCCGAGGGCGUCGCUGCUCUUGAUCGACUAGGCAAUUUUUGCUUCACCGGGGACCCGAGGGUGCUGCCUACCAAGGUCAUGAGGCUUCUCGGUACGAUGGAUAGUCUAAAAACAUGCGGAUGGCCAUUCAUAUCACCACGAAUGCUGGACAUUCGAGAAGGACGAGGACUCGUCAACCUUGUAGGAUGGCCACAGUUGAGCAAUGGACGGCCUGUGCUGAUGCACGUUGCCUCGCUAGAGUAUCACUAUGAUAGAACGGUGGCAUCCAACCGACACAGUCAACUGUGGUUCGCUGAGCUUGGAGGUCGAUCGAUAGACGGGAUGGACAGGAUGACAACAUUCCUUCAUGAGGUAUUCCGAGAUCUAUGGGUACCAGAGACGAUUGCCUUUAUUGCUCGCCAAGUUCGUCGUGGCCUGAACCGUGGCAUCCGUAGUGGCGGUAGGGCCGGCGUUGGAGCACAUGGUGAUGCCGACACGAGUAACGAGGAGAGUGCUCAGGCAAUGAUUGCGUUGGAGGCCUGGGAGACGCGAGAGGGUCCAUUUAGAACAUCAAAUUUUGAGAAACUAUCGGCGGAAGUCCUUAGGUUUGAUGACCGUUCGACCGAAGAAUCAAAGAUCGUACUAAAGACACGACGCGACUUUGCAGAAGAGAUGUUCGUUGCCUUGAUGGAGGGUGGUAGGAAGGGUCACCCAGGAGUCGAGUCUAUCGCACCGACACAUUCAACAUGGCCCUCUAUUCUCCGGGCUGCCAUCCAACACACCAGAGGCGUCUUCGCAACGAAGGCACAGUGGGUCUCGGGCAUCGCAGCUGCCAUGGUGUCUGCGAGUAUCGAAUGGGUACCUGGCUCUCAUCGCCGGAGAUUGACGCAUCAGCAGGUAGUACAGCUCGUCGGAGCGGCUGCAUCCGCAACGGUCCUCGCGGCUCGGCCCGAUAGCCUAGUACUACAGUCCAAAAUCAACUCUAGUAGAGUUGAUUUUAUUGACCCACUUUAAACCUAGUAGAGUUGAUUAUUGCCAGGGUGUAGAGUUGAUUUAACGCUGUCCUAGAUACAGGAGUAGUAGCGCUGAUCAGAACAGGGGUUUAUCAGGGGUUUGCCUCAGAACGCGACACGUCCUUUCGCGUAAAGUGCUAUAGCGGGGUAAUAUCAUACUACUAGACAGUCUCGUUAUUGAUCAAGGCACUAUCAUUAUUCAGAUCUUACUACUAGUCACCGAGUCACUAUGACAGCUUCAAACUUGCAAUCGGAACCAUGCAGUGCAAUUUAUCCCUAUGUUCUUCUCUCUACA